CUUGAGGUUUGCUCUCUUCAGGGCGCUGCGGACUUUCCCCGAGAUGGAGAAAUUCAUCUUACUGGAGGACGACCUUCUACUUGCCCCAGACUUCUAUUCAUACAUGCAACAGACGUCCGAGAUCUUGCACACCGACCCGUCCGUGUUGGCUGUGUCCGCCUACUCAAUCUUCGGCGCCCCUCAUACAGCGCGUGACCUGACUCGCCUCAACAGGGUGACCUCGCUUCCCGCUUGUGGUUGGAUGGUCACGAGAGAUUUCCUGCAAGAGAUACUGCCCAUGUGGCCGCCUGCCUAUGUGAGCACGGCUUGGGAUUACUGGUUCUGGACGGACAUGGUGAGGCAAGGGCGUGACAUCAUAGUGCCAGAGGUGCCCAGGACCGCCCACGCCGGUCGAUAUGGCACCCACACUUCGGGUCUCGCCGCGAUGAUGAGGGACGCCCGCAAACCCAUCUCGACGGAUCCGCUAGCCAGGGUGGAUAUAUCGGGAGUGCAGAAAGAGGCGUACGAAAAGGGCUUGCUCGAGGAAUUGUCUCAAGCGGUUUUCAUCGACUUGGAGAAUCCUCUGAAUCUUCCUCAUCGUCUCUCUCGCCUUCAGAACGGCACAGCUGCUGUAGUCGGUGUCCAGAUGAGCGAUAUUCAGGACGCAGAGGCUUUUAAGAUCCUGGCUCAAGUCCUUGGUGUGUGGCAUAAGGAUAACAGAGACCACCACCUUGGUCUAUGGCGUCUCCCUUAUCACGGUGUUAUCUUAUUUAUCAUUGGCGUUCCUUACUCUAGUUAUAGCAAAUACAUGAAGCACACAGACCAGAUUUUAGAACCACGUCCUGAUCUCAAGCUCAGACUCGAGGCGGAAGAAGCGAGAAGCGACGUGGUGACUUUUCAAGCACACACAUAUGAAGAUUACAAGAGCAUUAUGGACCUGAACGUUGCGUAGUCCUCGAGCGCCGGUUGGGAUUUUUUUUAGCGUCGUGUUAGUGUUUAUAUAUGUACGUAAGGAUGCACACGCUUAUACAUAAGCAUAAAAGAGCAGACACACACACACACACACACACACACACACACACACACACACACACACACACACACACACACACACAUCUUUAUACUGUAUCAAAGCUAUCCCUCUACCACAGUGGUUCUUAACCUGGGGAGCUUCAGUAUUCUCCAUGGGGGUGCGAGCUCUUGCAUAAAGGACAGUAAUUUCUCUAAUUAUAUUUGUUAUUCUCUUAACGAGAGCAUGGUCACAUAAUGGAAAGUGUAAUUAUAAUGCCACUCAUUAAAAAGACUAACAACAUACUCAUAAUUUUCUGUAAAAUCUGGGAGGGAAUUUUAUUUACAGAUGCAAAGGAGGCGUGGAGGGAAGGAAAAAUACAUAAAGGGGGGCGUGAUAGUUAAAAAGUUAAGAACCACUGCUCUACCAUAUUACUGAAAUGUGUACGCCAAUGCUAUUGUUUGCAUCGCUUGUUGUAUUCUACACGAUUUAAAUAAGGUUACAUGUUUGUAACAUACAUAUAUUUUAACACACACAUAGGCAAAUACAAAUGCUUAUUGUUUAUUCAUCUCCUUUGUUCACAUUGGACACCAAUGUUAUGUAAUCUUUUUCCUUCCGCAAAUACUAUGUAUUUCCGUAACAGCUCUGCUUCAUCACUGAUUGUCGCAUGCUAAAGGAGUAAUUUAUAGCUAUCCUUAGACCAUUGUAAAUAUGCCGGGCAGACUCCCUGCAGGGGCCCAAGGAGCAACACCGCUCCCAUGAUUAGCA